GGGAAUGAGUCAGACUGUUGUCCUCAAGCUUUGCAAUAUGUUAUUUUCUUUUGUUGUGUUUAAUGUUUAGAAUAAUAGUAAUUAAUAAUAAUAAUAAUUAAUAAUAAUUUAAAUUAAUAACAUUCCGCAAAAAACAAGCAAUUGGUAUUUAAGAACACACAAAAAAAUCAAAGUAAGUAAUACAAGUAUCCAUCCAAUCAAAUAAAACUGGAUCAAAGCCUUCUGUAGCAUUUUAUUUUUUCAUCUUGUGUUUGCACAGCUCAUUUUAUGGUUUACAAUCUGCUUUUCUCAUUUGAUUCAUUCAGCUUUUAUGAUGGAACCCAGAUUCAGAAGACUGGCUAGUGGCAUUCUGAAUUUGUCAGACUCAUCUGAAGCCUAUUCCUAUAAGAAGGCAAAAAAAGGAAAGCCAUGGAUGAAGCCCUUGUCCCCGGAAGCAGUACUGGAAAAGGCAACAAAGAACCUGCUGGAUCAUCAGGGAGAUCUUUCCAACAGAAAGCAUCUUCUUGGCUUCUUUGAGAUCCAGUUUGGUAUUUUCCAGGGCCAGACAUUCAAAUGGCUGCUGGAAAAUGCUUUAGGUUAUGCUGCCUACCUUGUUGCUGCUAUGAAGAGAGAUCCAACAGGGGGUAGUAAAGACACCAAGGAUCAUGCCAGCAACAAAGAAAGUUUCAGAGAAUACAUGGAAAUGUUUCCAUCUGCCAAAACUGCUGUGGCGAUGAAAGAGGAGCAGUGGUCACGAGAGAAGACACAGCCUAGUUUGUCCAGCCAGCCGGGACCAUCGAUGGCAUCCUCUUCUUCUCAGACUCCAUCAACGUCUAAUCCUUCUGCUGCAAGACCUCCCAGUUCACCAUCACACCCCAAAACUCCUCAGCCCAUCUCCACCGCGUCUCUCUCUUCCCUAUUAGUGGGUAAUUUGGCCAAGGACAAAAACAUUGAGAAAGCUGUAAAAAGGCUGGCGUCCCCAUUUAAAGUCAGACCCUCUUUGAUACAUGCACGGCCACAUUCCACAUCCACAACUUUAAACAAGCCAGCUGGAUCCCUUUCUUCCUCACCUGCGCUUGUAGGAUCCCCCUUCACCCUCGAAGCCUCCCCCUCCUCCUCCUCCUCCUCCCUCCCAGUCGCAGGACCCUCUUCCCCACACCCAACUGUGGAAACCUCCAUCAAUCCUCCACAGACCCCACCAGCCUUUGGCCCUAAAGCCAGUGAGGAGUUCUCCACCGCUGCAGGUCCAAAAACUCCCACCACAUUUCUACCCGUGUCGAGUGAAGUGGACGACAGCACGCUUCUGGCAGAAGCACUCAGAUGGGAUAAAUCUCACUCAGCAACACAAAGAGUGUGUCUUCCAGCCGGCUGGCUCCACACACUGCCUGAGGUGGACCAGAGAUGGAUGUCCAAAGCUCUUUUCAAAUGGACAGCGCAAGGACAUCCUGAACUGGACUUCAGCAGGGUGGACAGACUGUGGUGGUAUCCUCCACAAUUCCCAUUGCACGUCACCAAUGUCCCUCAGCCCGAAGACUAUUUUGGCAGCCCCCUCUUCCUUUGGAUGCCCCGAAAACUCUGGCAAGUCAAGCUGACAUGUCCUCAUUCAGAUUGCCACAAAGGGCUUCUGACCUCAUCUGGUGUUCAUCAGAAGAUCAGGCAAGUUAUUUCUCUGGACAUAACUUACUUUGUGGCAUCUGAAUAUUUAGUUUGCAAAAUAUGCAAAAGAAAGGUCAUCAGCUGGAGCCAUGCCAUCGUCUCCCAGCUGGAUGUGGGGCACAGGGGGCAGUUUCCCUGCAUCCUCACAUCCAAGCUUGCCUGUGACCUGAGGGUGGUCACUUUGAUGCGCCAGAGGGGUCUGGGAAACAGCAGCAGCCAGAUUAGGAAGAAGGUGCAGGAGAGUCAUUCAGAAGUGUGGCUGAAGAAGACUGUCCAGUACCUGACGGACUGUAAACAAGUCAAAGGGGCUGUUGAAAAGGGUCUCAUAAGACCAGUCACGUUUUCACCUCCCCCUCCAAUGCCUACUGUUCCAAAGCACAGGUGGAUGAUGCAGGUCUACGCCCAAGAUGUUCUCCAGAGGCUGACUGAGGUCAAGGCCUCAGUGACAUCAACUUAUGGACGCAUCUUGAAGCUGGACUCCACCAAGAAAGUGGCUCGGAAACUGGCUGGAAGGGGUUUUGGAACAGCGACCUGGGCAACAAAUGUUGGCAAUGAGCACGGCCAAAUAAUAAUGUCUGUGCUCACUGCUAGCGAAGGUUUUGGCCUGGGGCCAAUGAUUGAGGGACUCAUAGGGAGAUAUGCAGUGGCUGGGGUACCUCCCCCUGAAGUGCUUUACGUCGACAGAGACUGCUGUGGAAACACGCUUCUUCGGCGAAUGUUCCAGAAGUGGAAAGACCUUCACAUCCGACUGGACAUAUGGCACUUCAUGGGAAGGUUUUCGGUGGGCUGCACCACGGAUUCACACCAGCUGUAUGCGUCCUUCAUGAGGCGCCUCAGCCACUGUCUCUUUAUGUGGGAUGAGGAAGAUCUGACAGCCCUCAAGAUCGCAAAGCGCUCCGAACUUUCUGCCAGGCUCACCAAUCCCUCAGAUGCUGACGUGCUGAGGUCCAUUAGCCGCAGUGAGUUAGCCCUGCACUGCAGGAGAACGACACGUGGCUCUCAGGAGACUCUGGCUCUCAUCAAAAGCCUCAUCCAAGCUUUUGACGGGGACAAUGGCCGCGACACUCUGGGGGUUCCUCUGAUCAACUCGGAACGCAUGGCUGGCAUUUUAGCUGCUCAGGCAAAACAUGUGGCCUGCAUCCAGGACCCCCCAGGCAUCCAGCUGUACACCAGGACGGGAACAAUCCUGAAAGGAGGACAUCGUUUGCCCACAUACCGCUGUGCCAGAGGUUCAACAUCCCUUGAAUCUUUUCAUCUUCACCUGAAUAGGUUCAUCCCUGGAAAGUAGU